AUGUCCAUGUGUAUAAAAGUUGGUGGUCCAGCUGGGUACGAGCCAGCAGGCCAUGGUGAAUCUGAGUGGCGUUGGGCCGUGAUCCGUCCACUGCAGAGAGAGGGAGGUGAUCGCUGCUCUGUGAAACCAGCCUCACGCAUUGCCCUCCCCUUUAGGAACCGUCAGAGCCAAGCCUUCGCUCAACACACACGGCUCACUCUCAGCUUGGACUGGGCAGCCCAGAACAGUGCCACAACAGAUCCGACCUGUGGGCCGAGCCAGAGUUCCACCAACUUAUCAUCCCCACUUGGGUUACAAGCUCUCGUUACUGAGCUCGACGUGUAG